AUUAUGUUUUCGGAGAUUUAGCUAAUUUAUUUUCUAAUAGAAAAUAAAUAGGUACGUUUUAACAAUUUUUCAUAAAAAUCAUACAAAUCAUGUCAUAUUGCUUCUAGAGAAGAUUAAACAAAAUACUUUUCAUAACUUUAAAAUGAACAAGUUUUUAGCCGUAUCUCGACUUAAAUUCAAUAAUGAAUCGGUUGAAACAAAUACAUCAUCUAGUCAAAUUCAAGUAGAAAGAAAAGUUGAAAAAUUAUUUGAACUGUUUUGUUCUAAAGCAGAAUGUAAUUCAGAAACCCCAGUUUUGUACAAACAAAAUCACAUGACUUACAUUAAAAAUCACAUGUUUGUACUGCCUGAAAAUUAUGAGUGUCUUGACUCUAGUCGACCAUGGUUAUGUUACUGGUUAUGUCAAUCACUUGCUCUCUUAAACUGUGAAUUAUCAGUUACAGAGAAAUCGAAUGUUGUCUCUUUUCUAUCAAAUUGUCAACAUGAGACUGGUGGUUUUUGUGGUGGACCUAAUCAAAUGCCACACUUAGCUCCUACAUAUGCUGCUGUUUGUGCGUUGUGCCUAAUUGGUACAUCAGAAGCUUUCUCAGUUAUUAAUCGAGAUAAUUUAUAUAAAUUUCUGAUUUCUUUGCGUCUUCCUAAUGGUUCAUUCAGAAUGCACAAAUAUGGUGAAUCUGAUGUUAGGGCUGUAUAUUGUGCUGCAACUGUAGCCCGUUUGACUAACAUAUAUACAGAUACUUUGUUUGACUCAAGUGCUCAAUGGGUGAUUAGAUGCCAAACUUACGAAGGAGGGUUUGGUGGUGUGCCUGGAGUAGAAGCUCAUGGUGGAUAUACUUUUUGUGGGUUUUCAGCUUUAUUACUACUUCGAUCUAUUCAUAUGUGUGAUACAAAAUCUCUCCUACGUUGGGUAGCGAAUAAACAAAUGUCAUUUGAAGGUGGUUUCCAAGGUCGAACUAAUAAACUUGUAGAUGGUUGCUAUUCAUUUUGGCAAGCUGCUAUUUUUCCAAUUCUUUCAGAACUUUUAGAAUCUGAAGAACAGCGUACAAUGUGGUCUAUGUAUAAUUAUCAGGCUCUUCAAGAAUAUGUGCUUAUAUGUUGUCAAAAUAGAUAUAGUGGAGGUCUUAUUGACAAGCCUGGAAAACCACCGGAUGUUUAUCACACUUGUUAUGUUCUUAGUGGCUUGUCUAUCGCUCAACAUUCUAUCAAAAACAAUACUUGUGUUAUUGGAAAAUCAGAAAAUAUUUUAAACAAGACUAAUCCAAUUUAUAACAUUGAAGAAUCGUGUCUAGAAAAAGCUCUACAAUACUUUAAAAUCGCAGGACCAAUUAAUUAUGAACAUUUCUGAUAAUAAUCUGCUAACAAUUGGUUCAAAUUUUUACUAGAGUAAUCGAUUUUUUUUUUUUUUAAUUUAAACUAGGACUCAAUAAAGGAAAUUCUUUAUUUAUUUAUAUACUAUCAAAU